AUGGCUGCCGCUGAUGCACUUCCUGGCGGAUGGUCUACUAGCGGAUUCAACACGACCCAGCAGCUCUUCCCUAGUCCAACCACUUCAAGCCGAGUCGACUUUUCAAGUCUGGUAUCAAUCAACCCGCAUUUUAUCAUCACAGCCGUGGUCGCAGCCGUCGCCGCUCUCAUUUCGACGUCCUGGCUUUCAUUUCUCCGCCGCCGUCGCUCCCUCCCCCCCGGCCCUUCCCCAUGGCCCAUCCUCGGCAACCUUCCGGACCUGGGACCGCUGCCUUUCCGCUCUCUCGCGAAGCUGGCCGACAAGUACGGCCCGACCCUGACCGUCUGGUUCGGUUCCACGCCGUCAGUGGUGAUUUCGUCGCCAGAGCUCGCUCGCGAGGUGCUUAAAACGAAAGACAAGCUCUGCUCGUCACGUCCGCUGACUCCCACCGUGGCGAUGCUCACUCUCGACGGCAAAAACAUCGCGUUUUCGCCAGCCAACGACCAUUUGCGAAAGAUGCGACGUCUGGCGACGCUCCACCUUCUAUCUGCGAAGAAACUGCAGGAGAGCCUUCCCGUGCGAGAGGGGGAGAUUCGCGACAUGCUCGAUGCAAUCGCUGCUGACGCAGCUGCCAAAGAUGUGACUAAAACGGGCGCUACGACUUCCGUUAGUAGCUGUGCUGCUGCUGAUGCCGUGAAAUCCGCCGCCGCGACAAAGGAGGAGAUCGAGGUGCGCAGGUAUUUGAAUCGCGCUACGCUGAACAACAUUCUCCGCCUUGCUGUUGGGAAGCGCUUCGGCUAUUCCACGAUUCGCGGCGCGGCGGGCACCACGCCAAAGGCGAUUCUUGACGCCGCGAUGCGCAUCGACUGGAACGAACGCAUCGCCGCACUGAGCGGCGAGAAACGCGGCGGCGGGGUCAGCGCCACUGCCGACGCGGCUGCCUCAUCUCCAGCCAUGGGUUCUGAGGGUUCCGCAGAAGAUAACUUGAAGUUACUAUCUUUUCUGACAGAGGACGUGGCGGGAGAUUACUCGUCAGCUUUGUCAGCAAAAGCGGAAGGCGAAUUGGCGUUUGCAAUAGUCGAGGAGGGAUUUGCAGUUGCGGGAGCGUUCAACAUCGCGGAUUAUGUCCCUCUGCUGAGCUACUGGGACCCGCUGCGAAUGUACGCGCGCGCUCAGCGCCUCGCGCCGCAGCUACACGGAUUCAUGCGCGCGUGCAUCGCGGAGCGGCGCCAACUCGUGCUGCAAAAGAAGAAUAGUGCAGAAGGUGGCGAGACUGCACUUGUUGACGUGCUAUUCGAGAUGGAAGGGGAAGGGGAGGAUCAAAUGGAUAGAGACGAGAUGCUGAUGCUCGCAGUUGACAUGAUGAUGGCCGGGACUGAUACCACCUCCAAGACCGUUGAAUGGGCGCUUGCUGAGCUGGCACAGCAUCCUGACAUGCUGGAAAGACUUCGAGCUGAGGUGGAUGCGGCGUAUGCCAGCUCAGCAACUGCAGCCGCCAAAACUGGGGUGGGCGCAGCAUCAGGGUCGGAUUUGUUGGUGUCUCUUACGGUAGCGGAAAUGCCGUAUCUGCAGGCUGUUUUAAAAGAAACACUUAGGCAUCACCCGGUCGCUCCGUUCCUCCUUCCCCACAUGACAACUGGUAGCGUUACUCUAGGUGGUUACCACAUCCCUCCCAACACCAUGAUCCAGAUCAAUGCUUGGGCUCUCGCGCACGAUCCAACGGUCUGGAUCAACCCGCAUGAAUUUGACCCCUCCCGGUUCCUUGACUCUGCUGCCCCUGAUGUGACCGGGCAAAAUUUCAGCCUGCUACCCUUUGGAUCGGGCAGGCGAGGUUGCCUUGGAACGAACCUGGGAUUGGACCUCUCUGCCCGCCUGCUGGCAAAUUUUGUUCUGCGGUUUGAUUUUGAGCUGCCCGAAAAUGUGAGGGCAGCUGGAGGAGUGGACAUGAUGGAAACAUUUGGGCUGACCAUGGCUCUGGCAAAGCCACUGAGGAUUGUGGUGAGGGAGAGAAAGGUAGGGGUGGCUGCAGCAGGGGCUUGA